UUCUUUUCUGUUUCCGAGGAAAAACCAGGGCAUCUGGCCCCACCUGCCCAGCUCCUCACGAUGAUGUUCCAGGGAGCCUGGUUGUGCUGGGCCUCACUGCUGCUCCUGGCCAGGCUCAUCCAACCUUGCCCCGUGGGCUGCGACUGCUUUGGCAGGGAGGUGUUCUGCUCAGAUGAGCAGCUGGCUGUCAUUCCCCUGGACAUCCCCCCACACGUCACAGACAUCAUCUUUGUGGAGACUGCCUUCACCACAGUGGGGACCAGGGCUUUCAGUGGUAGCCCCAACCUGACCAAGGUGGUCUUCCUCAACACUCAGGUUCGUCACCUGGAGCCCUGUGCCUUUGGGGGACUGCCCAGGCUGCAGGAUCUGGAGGUCACCGGCAGCCCCUUCUCCAACCUCAGCACCAACAUCUUUUCUAACCUGAGCUCGCUGGGGAAGCUCACCCUGGACUUUGACAGGCUGGCGGCUCUGCCUGAAGACCUCUUCCUCCACAUGGACACCCUGGAGUCCCUUCAGCUUCAGGGAAACCAACUCCAGACCUUGCCUGGGAGACUAUUCCAGUCUCUGAGGUAUCUGAGAACCCUCAACUUGGCGCAGAACCUCCUGACGCAGCUACCCAAGGGGCUGUUCCAGUCACUCACCAGCCUGCAGAUGUUGAAGCUGAGUAACAAUAUGCUUGCCAGACUCCCUGAGGGAGUACUGGGCAGCCUGGGCAGCCUGCAGGAGCUCUUCCUGGACAGCAAUGCCAUCACGGAGCUGUCCCCACAGCUGUUCUCACAGCUGUUCAGCCUGGAGAAGCUGUGGCUGCAGCAUAAUGCCAUCUGCCACCUGCCGGUCUCUGUCUUCUCCUCCCUGAGCAAUCUGACUUUUCUAAACCUGAAGGACAAUGCACUGAGGACUCUGCCCGAGGGUCUCUUCACCCACAACCCAGGUCUGCUUCACCUGUCCCUUUCCUACAACCAGCUGGAGACCAUCCCCUAGGGGACCUUUACCAACCUGUCCAGUCUUGUUUCCCUCACACUCUCGCACAAUGCCAUCACCUCCCUUCCUGAGGAUGUUUUCAGGGACCUUGAGCAUUUGGUUACACUCUCUCUAGACAGCAAUAACUUGACGGUCUUGCACCCAGCCCUCUUUCACAACCUGUCCAGGCUUCAGCAACUCAACUUGUCCAGGAACCAGCUGACCACGCUCCCCGGGGGCAUCUUUGACACAAACUAUGACCUCUUCAACCUGGCUUUGCUUGGUAACCCCUGGCAGUGCGACUGCCAUCUGUCCUACCUCACGAGCUGGCUCCAUGUCUACAGCGACCGAAUCUUCAACACCCAUACUUUCUGUGCAGGUCCGGCAUACCUCAAGGGCCAGUUGGUGCCAAACUUGAAGCAGGAGCAGCUGAUAUGUCCAGUCAACCCAGGCCACUUGAGCCUCAAGGUCCUGGGGCUAGAUGACAGGGAGCCAGCGGGCAGUUGGGAUCUGGCUGGGGAGGGGAGGGCAGCUCACAGCCAAUGUGUCUACAGCAACCCCGAGGGCACCGCGCUGCUUGCCUGUGAGGAGGGCCAGUGUCGCUGGCUGAACAUCCAGCUGUCUUCCAGGGAGGGCUCAGACUUCCCAGCAAUGGCCUACAAUUCCAGUCAGGAGUGGGAGUUGAGGUCAAGCUGUGGCUCCCUAAGGGUCAUUGUGUCCAUUGAGGCUCCGGCCGCUGGGCCUUAG